AUGUUUCCUACUUCAAAAGAUUAUGAUGACAGCGAAACAUAAAGAACAUUUAAUUUUAGAAAUAAGAAAUUAGAAUAUAACUAAAUUGGUUGGAAUAGCUCAUUAUAAGAAUCAGAUUAUUCUAAAAUUUAAUAUUUGCAACUACUUUUUCAAGGAAAUAACAUAGGAACCUCAGGUGCUGAGUAGUUUGGAAAAGACUUAGAGAAAUUUCAAAAUUUGGAAUGUCUAGAUUUAAAUCUACCAUAAAAUAGUAUCAGGGAUUAAUCAUUUAUCGACUUAUGCACAAGCAUCUCUAAAAUAAAGAGUUUAAAAGAAGUAUAUUUAGCUUUUUGGUUAGGGCUUUAAUUUAUUUACAAAGCUUCUUAAUAAAUGAUUCUCUAUACAAAAAAAGGGAAAACAAUAUUACAGAAGUUGGAAUAAAAAAAUCAAUAGGAGAGAUUAUUUAAUCUGAAAAUUUAGUUGGAUUUAGUUUAUUCUUAGGGUAAAUUCAUUUAUUUUUUAUAAAUUAAUUUACUACUUCUAAAUAGAGGUAACGAAAUAAAAGAUGGAGGUUUGUAGAUUAUUGCUGAAAAUAUGAAGCAUCUUAAUAAAAAUAUUAAAAAUUUUUAACUAUCCUUAUGGAGGAAUGACCUUACUGAUAUUGGAUUUAGAUCAUUUUUAGAAAAUUUAAACAGCUUACCAAAUGUUAUACACCUUUAUCUUGAUUUCUUGUAUCACAAUAAUGUUACUGAUGAAACUGCAAUUUUGCUUGGAAAAUCACUUGCUAAUUUAAAACAUUUAAGAGCUUUACAGAUUAACAUUUAAGAAACAGGCAUAACAGAAGUAGGCUAAUAAGAAUUAGCUAAGUUAAUAUCUUAAAUUCGUCAGAUUGUGUGUCUAAGAUACACCUACACAGUACAUUAAAAACAUAAUUAAUAUAAUAGAACCACUAAGCAAACUUUGAAGCUUUUUAAGAAAAAAGCUAGUUGUUUAAUUUUUGUUUCAAUCAACUCAAUCUAGGAACUAGUUUUUUAUUGA